AUGGUUCUCGUUAAAGGGGAUGACGGUUCCGUUCACAAACGCGUCAGGUCAAGCUCCGCACAGCAGACGGACCGGUACCGGAAGCAGAAACUGAUGUCCAGAUUGAGCGACUCGGGUUUCGAGGAGGACUUGGCAGCGUGCUCCCCGAUUUGUUCUUCCUCCACCCGGACAGUCCCAUGUCCGCUCCGUGAGGAUCCAGCAGCAGAACAACAGUCCAUUUGGUACCUCCAGUAUGGGGACACUGGAUACAGGAUCCAGAGGGAGAGGGAGACACUCUUUUACCCGUGCAAAAGUCUUGCUCUGCAGCCACAAGUCACAACAGAGGCACGCUGCAAGCUGGUCAGCUGGCUCAUCCCCGUGCACAAACACUUCCGUCUGUCUUUUGAGUGCUGCUGCCUGGCUGUGAACAUAAUGGACAGGUUCCUGGCAUGCACGCCGGUCGCCGCAGACUGCUUUCAGCUUCUAGGCGUCACCGCACUGCUCCUUGCCAGCAAAAAGGUGGAGGUGUGCUCCCCAAGUAUUAGUCAUCUCUUGUCAAUGUGCUGUGACGCCUUCACCAAGGAGCAGCUCUGCAACCUGGAGUGUCUGAUUCUGCUGCGCCUCCAGUUCCGCCUGGGGUCGCCCACCCUGGCCUUUUUCCUGGACUACUACACCAACCACAUGGAGGCUGUGGACAAAAGCGCGCCCAAGCAGUGUGGCAACCUGGCCCGGAAGGUGUGCGAAUUGAGCCUAGCCGACUACGCCUUCAACAACUAUGCCCCGUCUCUGACUGCUAGUUGUGCACUGAGCCUCGCGUGUGAGUUACUCCAACCUGGACUUCUCCAGAUAGCAAAGAGCACAACCUCUCUAUGGGACGGCACGAUGGAGACUCAGUGUGAGGCAGACAACACUUUAGCACACCAGAGGCCUGAUCUGGCUCAGGAGUGCACAGAAAACCUGAAACUACUGGUUGCACUCAAUCAGGAGUCAUUGGAGGUGCUCUCCAACAUGUGAACUCAAGGGUUACAUAGGGGAAAAUACCACACUG